AUGACCCAAACGACCUUGUGGGCGCCCGUCAAGUGGGCGCAGCGCGCCGACUCGCUCUACGUGACGAUCGACCUCCCGGACGUCAAGGACGAGAAGGUCACCUUGACCAACACGAGCCUCAAGUUUACGGGCGUGAGCAACCAGCAAAAGUACGAGGUGACGCUGGACUUUAUGCACGAAGUGGACACGGCCGCGAAGGAGUCCAAGUGGGCGACGACGGCGCGCAACGUGCACUUCUACAUCCUCAAGAAGGACAAGGAGGCCGAGUUUUGGCCGCACCUUCUCAAGGACAAGACGCUCGAGAAGACUAACGUCAAGGUCGACUGGAACAAGUACGUCGACGAAGACGACGCCGAAGACGACCAAGGCUUUGACAUGAGCGCCCUCAGCGGCGGCGGUGGCUUUGACAUCAACCAGAUGAUGGCCCAGCAGGGCGCCGGCAUGAUGCCCGAUGGCAUGGACGACGAGGACUCGGACGACGACGACUUGCCCGACUUGGAAGAGUAA